CUCUUUUCUGCAUCUCACAGCCAUUGUUUUUUCCGAGCAGGGUUCAGCUUACGAAAAUGCAAUGGCAGGGAUUCAUUCUCUAUUAAUACGAUGAGAGCAUAAGAAGGAGGUUUCGUUGUUACAAGGUUCAUUUUUCAUCUUGCUUGGCCAUGGUUUCCUUUGCCGCUGAUGUGGUGUGUUGGUGCUGUGCCCCUCAACACCAUACCCCUCAUCAUCCCGAAAUAUCCAUUGGCACCUCAGCACCUGCCCUUUCGAGUUCAUCUUUGCAGUUGCUAUUGAAUGCGCACUUAUGCCUUGACACUUCUCCUUCUGCCAGGAUUCACCUCUGUGGCAAAAUACAGUCCAUUCGUCUCGGACAGAAAUGCUUUGGACCUUGGGUGUUUCUAGCACCGCUGGCUGUCACAUUUCCGGCGUCGAUUCAUCUUCAGAGUCACUGGCCAAAGUCUCGAUGCACAGCUAUCACACUUGACCGAGGGUACAGAUUCUUUCCACUGGCUUGUUCUAUGAUUCCUUAAGCCGGUAGGAACCAUGGAGCUUUGCAAGUGGUGCGGCAAGGACCGUCGACAACUGUCCAAGAGCGGGGCCCAGCCUCAAGACGACAUCGUUUUCAUAGAUUUCGAAGGUACAAAAUUGUGCGUCACUUGCUACGAGACCGCAACGUGGGCAGUUGAGAAUCCCAAGAAUUGUGCCGACUGCAACUUAUUAUUCACCGACGAGGAUGUGAUCCAAGCUCUUCUCUCGGAGGGAGGAUACACCCAUUCAACUCUCGAUAGACUGAAAAAAGCUGCUUCUCAAGGGUGUGUAUUAUGCCGGAUCUUCCUUUUGCAAGAUUCGAACCCGAGUAGCGAUUGGCAUGCGUUUGGUAUGACUCUCUUUGCAGAGAGAAAGAAGAGUGGUGCUAUUUCCGAUCGAGAUAUUGAUUUGCUGUAUUUUCGGUCCAAUCAUCUUACUGUGGAGAGGUGUUGCGUUGCUGUUUCUGCUUCUGCGGGUAAGAAUUUCUGUGUAUGUGCUUGCAGCCCAGUCUUUUCAUGUCGCUACCCAGUUUGUAAGUACUCUGGGGCGGCCGAGAAAGCGGACAGUAGUAACGUCUUAGUUUUCUAAUUUUCAUUAACAAUCCAAGUAGUCUACCCAAGCCUUUGGGUCGACUACUUCAAUUGUCUUACAACUGUUUAAUAAUUUUGCUUGAUCAAGUCUUUUGGAAGAUCAUAGGUUUGAAAGAGUUAGGACAAUGAGAAUCACCUACCAAAAUCUAUUGCCACUUUCCUUCCUUGUGUGAGAAUACCAUGCUCUGAUUUAAUCCUCUCAGGUAUAUGAAGAAAAUGAGAACGCUGGCUCUCGAGGUUCGUUAUUACAGAAACUGACUUUCGCAUAGAAUCCAAUCCACCCUCAACCCAAAUCAGCCAGAGACCUUCUUUACGAAAUCUACUCUGCGAAGAAACCUUUCAACAAGGACGCGCCUGGUUUCAAGAAUGCCUCCAAACCCAUUCCGAGUCAAAAGACCUCCCUAAGCCACAACUGCCCACUCGAGUCCUCGAUGUCGGAUCACUGGCUGAUCCUCGACUGCGAGUCUACGAACCUCCAAAACCCACCUACGAUGACUAUAUAAAUCUGAGCUACUGCUGGGGAAAGGAACAUUUCCUAACCACAAGGAAGGAGAAUUUCGACAGCCACAAACAGUCGAUGGAUGUAGAAGACCUUCCCAAAACGAUCGCAGAUGCGGUGCUUGUUACAAGGGGACUGGGCUUUCGAUAUCUGUGGGUUGAUGCUCUGUGCAUCAUCCAGGAUAGUCUCGAGGAUAAGAUGAAUGAAAUCGGGGCGAUGGGGGAUAUUUACAAUGAUUGUACACUUACGAUUGCAGCUGUAAGUGCUUCAGCUGUCGCAGAAGGAUUCUUGAAACCAAAACCGAAAUUGAUCGCCAACUUACCUUAUCACAUUGGAGAUAUGGUUGGCGAGGUCGAACUUGCUCAUCAAAAGGGUGUGGAUCUAUGGCAAGAAACUAUGUAUACCAGGGGUUGGUGUUUGCAAGAAUAUCUGUUGAGUCCUCGAGUACUAUUGUUCACUAACACAGAGGUUUUGUGGUCGUGUCAAAGUAAGAAAGACCAUCUUUCUGUCUUUCCAAACUACUUUACUCAGCUAAUCUCAUUGGGACGGGGACUCUCCUAGCUAUCCAAGCAUGCUACAUAUUCUCACAAAACUAACACAAUAACAGCAAGUCCCUUUACCCGUCCAGACAAUACCCACGUAUCAUAUGGGUACGACCGCUCUGAAAUCACCUCCUCUCCAUUUCGUCGACUCCGCUCUCACAUAUUCGAUAAUACCUCAUCGCAAACUCACUCAUCACCUUCUUCCACAUCCACGUCUACCACCGAAGAAUUCAAUCUCGAAGACUACAAAGACUGGACAAGCCUAAUAUCAAACUACUCUCUCCGCCAGCUAACCGUUCCCUCCGAUCGCCUACCCGCUCUCUCCGGCGUAGCAGGAAAAUACCAAUCCUCCUGGAACUCAACCUACCACGCGGGACUUUGGAGUAAACACUUCAUCCCACUCCUCUCCUGGCACCGCAGCACCUACAACAAACACGCCCUCGAGCUCAUCGACGCCGAACUCUACAAACCCUUCACCAAAUGGCGCGCACCAAGCUGGUCAUGGGCCAGCAUCGAAGGACCCCUCGAAUUCGAAUUCCAAAACGGCUACGCCCAAACCUCAACUAGCAGCACACACAAGCAGCCCGACAACCCCAAGAAAAUCCCCGACCACAUCCGCGCCAAGAUCGCAGCCGGACAACUCAAAGCCUCCAAAUCACAGCCACCCAGGAUCCCAGCCGCCAAACUCAUCUCCUGCACCACCAUCCCCGUCUCCCCUCUCCUUCCCCUCGGUGAGAUCACCUCCGGUGUCUUGGUCCUGCAAGCGCAGGCCAUCCCCCUCUCUGCCUCGCCCUUUUAUGCCCAUGAGAAUGUGAGUGAGAAGGGGAAGAUGUAUUGGGAUUGGAUCCCUCCGCCUGCGAUAUUGGGGGAGGAGAGGAUCGCGGGUUGUUGGGUUUUGUUGCUUGGGGAGGCGUAUGGGGGGAAGGGGAGGAGUUUGGCGGUUGGUCUGGUGGUUGAGGAGGUUGGAGAGGAAAAGGGAGAGGGACAGGAGGAGAGGUGGAAGAGGGUUGGGGUGUAUACUUAUCUUGGGAAGGCGGCGGCGAAGGCUUGGGCGGGGGGUGAGAAGAGGAGGGGGUUUACUGUUGUUUAG